AUGAGCGUCAUCGACAUCCUCUCCCGAGUCGAAACAAUAUGCAGGAAGUACGACAAGUAUGACAUCGAGAAGCAGCGCGAGCUGAAUGCCUUCGGCGACGAUGUCUUCUCUCGCCACUACGCCCAUGUGGAAGACGAAAUCCAAGACCUUCACCUGAAAGCGGAGAAGUCUGCGAUGGAAAGUAAUAGGGCGGUUGCGGUGGCCACUAAUGUGGAGAUUCGUCGAUCUAAGGCCCGAUUGAUGGAAGAACUUCCUAAGCUUCGUAAAUUGGCUCAAAAGAAGGUAAAAGGGUUGUCCAAAGAAGAUCUAGAAACACGCAUUGAUCUGGUUUUUACAUUGCCUGAGAGGAUUCAAGAAAUACCAGAUGGGACAGAAGCUCCUGCCACUAAAGUUGGAGUUUGGGCAUCUUCAGCAUCUCAUAAAAAUAUAAAGUUUGACUCAUCAGAUGGAAAUUUUAAGAAUGAGUUUUUUCAGCAAACUGAAGAGUCGAAUCAAUUUCGGCAUGAGUAUGAAAUGCGGAAGACGAGACAGGAUCAAGGUCUAGAUAUCAUAUCAGAAGGAUUGGGUACGCUGAAAGAAUUGGCACAAGAUAUGAAUGAGGAAAUGGAUCGACAGGUCCCGUUAAUUGAUGAGAUAGAUACGAAGGUGGAUAAGGUGACAUCUGACAUUAAAAAUAAUAAUGUGAGGCUUAAGGAAAAUCUUUACAAGAUGAGAUCGAGCCGAAAUUUCUGCAUUGAUAUUACUUUGCUGUGUAUAAUUCUGGGGAUCGCCUUAUAUCUAUACAAGUAA